UACAGAACAGACAGCAUUACCUGAGAAAUCAGAAACAGAGAUGAGGGAAAAUGUUUAUGCAAACUCGGAAGUGUCAAACAAGAGAUCAGCUGACUCGUAUGAAGACAUUUAUGUGAAUGAAGAUGUUCCUGAGACUCGUGUGACGGAAAGCCAUGGGGGGUCUUUGAUCUCAGCAAGCAGAUGUCACAGACUGACUGCAGUGUGUGUGCUGCUGUGUGUUCUGCUGACUGCUGUCACUGUGCUGUGGAUUAAACUCAACUUUUUAAAAAUGGAACAUAACCAGCUACAGACUAGAAACAAAAAUGUGACCAUAGAGAGAGACCAGCUACAGACCAGAAACAAAAACCUGACCAUAGAGAGAGACCAGCUACAGACCAGAAACAAAAACCUGACCAUAGAGAGAGACCAGCUACAGACCAGAAACAAAAACCUGACCAUAGAGAGAGACCAGCUACAGACCAGAAGCAAGAACCUAACCCCAGAGAAAGACCAGCUACAGACAUGUUACAAGCUGGCUUUAAAUUCCUUCAUCAAACAAGGAUGGAUCCAGUUCCGCUCCAGUUUCUAUUACGGUUCUACUGAGGAAAAAAACUGGUCUGAGAGCAGACAGGACUGCAAAAAGAGAGGUGCAGACCUGGUGAUCAUAAACAGCAAAGAGGAACAGGAGUUCAUCAAUAAACAGCUGGUGAAAGACUGGGCUUGGAUUGGUCUGAGUGACAAACAAACAGAGGGAAAGUGGAAAUGGGUGGAUGGAACAGAACUUAUCAGUGGCAUUAAAUACUGGAAUAAGGGGGAACCAAAUGAUACAGGAGGUGAUGAAGACUGUGCAGUGAUUAGUACCUUUUCAAAUAGCAAAGUUUGGAAUGAUGUGCAAUGCUCUCUAAAGGUAUGGUGGAUCUGUGAGAUAAGGGCUUUUUAGUGAUGAAUUUGGAAUUUUGUUAACCUGCCCUCAGUAAACCUGCUCACACACCUGCUCAGCACCACCACAUGCUGAAAUUCAUUCUGUUAAUAUCUAUUUAAUAUAAAUAUCAAUUUCUUUCUUAUUUGUUUAUUUGUUUGCUACAAAUAAAUUUGUAGAAAACAAAUAAACAAAGUCAUGGUUUUUCCACAUAUACAGUAGGAUUUGACUUUAGUUCUCUAGUCUACUGUCCUGUAUUAAAACUAUUUACCAAAAAACAAAAACUGAUAAGAAUUAGAUGAUUAUUUCCCUCUUUGUUUUUUUUUUACCUAAAAAGAUCCACCCCAACCCCCCACCCCCACAUGCUAUUUGUGAUUAUUCUUAUUAAAUUUGCAGUGUUUGUUUGUUUUUUUGCCAUGGUUGUCAUUCUAUUUAGAUUUAUUUCUCAUAGAUUGUAUGUUACUAACAUAUGGGUUUAAAAUAAUAAAAUUUAUUAUUAUUAUUAUUAUUAUUAUUAUUAUUAUUAU